UGAAAUAGAAACAAAAUAGGAACCGCAGAAUCAGUGUGUGCUCAAUCAAGUUGACAGCGUCAAAAUGAGGAAGACAAUGCAAUAAUAAUCGAAGACAUUUGCAUAGGAUCAUAGUACCAAAAAUAUGCUUAGGUUUCAUAUGUGUUCAUAGAUACUUGUCAAUCUUAUGUCACUUAAUAAGUUGACAGAUGAUUUUUAAACUUUACCCUGAUAUAAAACGCUUACAGAGGGAGGUUGUGCAUACUUUUGUUGAUUUUCUAUUGUGUUUUACUGUCUCUUAAAGUGGAUCUUGGAUUUUAACAGCCAGAGUGGAGAGCGGAAAAGAUUUAAUUAAAAUAAAGCUUACUGUAGGCCUAGGCAGGCAUACGGAGGCGUGGAUACCUUGACAGAUAAACACGUGAUACUUGAUUGACAGCUGGAUCUAUUUCUAAUGACUUCACACACCUAUGGUAUUUGGUGGAUUAAUAUACAGUGAGUAAACUGGGCUGGGCGGUCCUUUGGGAAUGACCAAAUCUAAAGACUCGCUUGUCAAUCAUGUUUGCAGACAAUGGGCAAUAUUUCACCGAGACGUCUUGGACUUUUCACGUCAAUAUUGUACAAAUCAAAACGCGUACCCUUGCCAAUACGGAUCUAUGAGGAAUGAGAUUAUGAGCGCCGGGUUUUUAAGGAGGGUUCGCUUGACAAGCGGCGUUCAACGUUAAUGUUUCUUCACUUACUGUAAGACGCAUUGUGUCAUACGUAACAGAAUGGUAAUAUGUUAUCCAAUCAUAAAAAUCAAAGAGUAUUGACAGUUAGUUCAAAUGGAAGCGCACUGAUUGUUUCGACGUCAUUUAUCAAGCAUCUACGACGAAGAUACAAGCUAUUUUGUCAAGGAUUCGUUGACAUAAAGCUACUACUUGGAAUAUUUAUUACAUGAUAAAUAUUAUGUAAUAUCUUCAUGAAAAGGAUUUUGGAAGUUCAUUUAUAUUUAUUAUUUAUUCAUCGGUCUAUUCUGACCUACAAUAUUGGUGAAAGAUUAAAAACAAACGCGAGUGAUUUGAAUUAAAUUAUUACUUUCUUCAUAACUAAAUGAUUUACAACUUAGCGGGUAUAUGACAAUAUUUGUUUGAAUAAAAAGUUGAAAAGAACCUCUACAGAAUUCACAAGUGCUGAUAUAGUUAAUGUGACAAGACUUAUUUAGAUAUUGCUACUCGGGGUGUUGAUUUAUUCCCCCGGUCGCUAGUGUGGAGGCAUGAUCGCAGCCUGCAGCCAGCGGCUUGUUCACUCAGUGGCCUUUGUGAUUCUGCUCCUUUCCGGAUUAACCCUCUCGUGCGGACCCGGCCCUAGGCUUAUCAGCCAACGGAAACACAAGAAAACGAGUCCCUUCGUUCUCAAGCAGCACGUGCCGAAUGUCUCGGAAUACACGCUCGGUGCGAGCGGUCAGCCAGACGGGCCUAUCAAACGAGGGGAUCCGCGCUUUCAAGAUCUCGUGGAGAAUCACGAUAGUAACGUGAUAUUCCGAGAUGAAGAAAGAGAUGGGUCAGACAGGAUCAUGUCCAAGCGCUGCAAGGACAAGUUGGAGGCCCUGGCCAUCAAGGUGAUGAACCAAUGGCCGGGCAGCCCACCGGAAACGCCGCCCGUCAAGGUGCGCGUCAAGGAAGCGUGGGACGACAACUUGCUGCACGGGGAGACGUCGUUACACUACGAGGGCCGCGCCGUGGACGUCGCUACAAGUGAUAGGGACAGGUCAAAACUGGGUACACUGGCCCGGCUUGCGGUGGAAGCGGGCUUUGAUUGGGUGGAAUACGAAUCACAUGGUCACAUCCACUGUUCCGUGCAGUCAGACUCCUCUGCGGCUAUUAAGAAUGGCGGAUGUUUUAACGGAGAAUCUACAGUUCGGCUUUCUGACGGAAAAACCCGAACGAUGGCGGAAAUACAGGUCGGAGAUCACGUGAUGAGCAUGCGCAGUGAUGGUGUCAUUGAAUACAGUGAAAUAAUUGCUUUUAUGGACCGAGAUGACAAUGGCUAUGGAUUGUUCUACACUUUACACACAGAAACGGGAGAAAGUAUAACGCUUACGGCAAAACAUUUAGUGUACAUUGUAAAUCAAAACAUGUCAUUAACUAUUGAUAGGAUGGACGCGGUGUUCGCGGAAAGCGUCGAAGAGGGGCAAUUCUUGUUGAUAGGAGAAAGAGACUCAAUUAGAUUAUCUCAAGUGACAGCCGUUACCGUGGAAACGAGGCGAGGAAUUUACGCGCCUCUUACGAAGCACGGCACUAUUGUCGUGGAUGACAUCGUCGCCUCGUGCUACGCUUUUAUAGACAAUAUUGUAAUUGCGCAUGCGGCUUUCGCGCCGAUGCGGGCUUAUCACGACAUAUCGCAAUUUCUCCCUUCCUACACAUGGUCAGUAGACAAUAAUGACACUAGUGUGGCCACGCCCACUGGGAUGCACUGGUACGCUAACGUGCUGUAUACGGUGGGUAGGACUCUGUUUAGCAAAGACACGUUAUACGUGCAUUAACCGCCCCACGCACCCGUGUAUCAAAGGUUAUUUAUUAAACAAUACUUAUUCUUGUUCAAAUCCAUGUCAAAGUAUAUGUUCAUGAAAUCAGCGGUUUGAUCAUUUGUUAACAAGCAUACAAUGUACUAGCAGUUCCAGGAUGGAGAGGGUUAAGGAUUGGUGUAAAUAAAUUUCAUCAAAAUACACUGUUUUAGACUUCAAAGGUAAAUAUUUAAUUCGAGGAAGAACCCAAAACCCACCUAACCAUGCUGAGAGCCUAGGAAGGGGUUUUCUGGGGAAGAGAGCGCACACGCAAUGUUGCCCCCCCCCCCUUUCGCCCACAUUGUCAAAUUCUGGAACCGCCCCUGCUAUGAAAUAUUGAACUAUGAUUUUUAUGUCCUAAUCUCAUGUUUUAUGAAUACUGCCAUAUGCCAUUUAAUAGCGUCGUAUGUCGAUUUGCAAUUAAUUUUAAAUAAAGAUGCUGAUUUUGGUAGUAAAUAAAGCAAACAAAAAGCUAUGGUACUGUUAAAAUAAUUGGAAGGUAAACUGAAUUGUGUCAAUAAAAUACUCUAAAGACUUUGAGACAUAUUAUAGAUGAUAGAGAAGGUUGUUAUAUGCAUUUUACUGUUUUUACGUUACUGUAUAAAAGGGACAUAAUUCAAACUGUUUGUACUUUUACAUUAUUGGAGUUACCUUCCUUGGAUGUCUGUGAUUACUAUUCUACAUGUUGAUAUUGUUUUAUGCUAUACAUGUACACUAAUAUAAAGAUGUGUAAAUGAAUUUUUCACAAAGGUGCAAAUAAGAUUUUGAUUUUUUCAACAUUCUUAUAAAGUAUGUUCGAUUUUUAAAAUGAGAUAUUUUUAAUUGAAUAGUUUUUUGAAAAUUUGUAAAAUCAGAAAUGAGCAAGAUUUUAUCCAUGAUUUGAAAAACAUACUCAUCAUGGAGCAUUUACUAAAUAAAUUAGAAAUACAUUGUAUGCUAUAUUAUUUGUACAUAAAAGGCAUAUUAUUUAACAUACUAUCACACUUUGACACGAUAUUUUACAAGUGUAAGCUAUUGAAACAGUCAACAAAUAUUAUUUUGCCAAUUUGCAAAGUAUAUUUUUUUUUUUGUUAGGCCAGAAGUAAGAAUUAAUUUAUUUGCGUUUCCCGUCUGACUCACUAAAACCAAUCAUGAAAAAAAUGUGUUUAAGCUAUCCUUUCGGCAUAUUUUUCAUAGUUUUUGACAACAUUGCCAUCCAUAAACGUAUAAAUUAAUGAGUUGUUUCGAUUCGAAAUAAGAAACACACUCCACGUUUCAAUUCUUACAUUGGAAAGUCUUGAUAUGUAAUUCUAAAUUCAGUUGAAAAGUUAAGUGUAACGUAAUAUAGUACUUGAGAAGAGUAUGUCGUAUAUACAGAUGUUGCGAUCAUGUCUUCAUUUCGGCUUGUUUUAUGUCGACUUGGUAGUUUUAAUUCAACAUGUCGUAAUACUUAUGUCGACUUAUCAAUUUAAUUAGUGAACGAGUCGACAUAGUUAAAGGGACAUGUUGUGCUUAUACAUCCAAGUCAAGGUAAACCAAGCCGAUAUGGGUACAUAUUCACAUUAUCUGAUUAUUAUUAUUUGAUAAUUCUCAACUUGGUAUUUUCAAGAACGGUUUAUUUCUCAAUGCAAUUUCAUUAGGUUAUUAUUUAUCAUCCUUUUAAAACUGAAUAAAUUCUGUAAAUUGAUCAGUUCUUAAUAUAUUGUAAUUUUAAAUUUCCAUAGCAAGUGAAAAUAUAAUUUAUACGUUUGUACUACAUUGAUAUUUUAUUGCAUAUUUAUAAAGUUAAAAUAAAUGU